GGUAUGCAUGAAGAAUGUGACUUUCCUGACUACGAAGAGUAUCUUAGUCCGUUCGCGUUUACUCCUCAAAUCUUAUCAAAAUUGAUAGAUUCUAAGGAUGUAAAUUUAUUGAAAGAUAUUGAUGGUGCAGAAGGCUUAUUGACUGGUUUACGCACGAACUCAAAAACUGGUUUGAGUAGUAAUGAAACCACUUUAAGUCCAAUCACAUCGGAUGAUCCGGAUGAUAUUGUUAAUAUCGAAGUUUUAGAAGGGCAAGAUAAAAACUCACAGUUGCAAUCAUCUGAUAUUUCAAAAAACACGUCCUUCUUUCAUAGAAUAAAAAUUUAUGGUAGAAAUGUUUUACCAACCAAGAAACAAAAAACAAUUUUUCAAUUAAUGUGGAUCGCUUUGCAGGAAAAAAUUAUAAUUCUCUUAGCCAUAGCCGCAAUCUUAUCACUAGGUCUCGGUCUUUAUGAAGAUUUCGGUGCCAAGCAUGAGGAUGAAGAACAUAAACCAAAAGUUAGUUGGGUUGAAGGGGUGGCAAUUUUUGUAGCAAUUUUUAUUGUGGUAUUAGUAAGUAGUUUAAAUCAUUGGCAGAAACUGCGUCAAUUCCAAAAAUUAAAUGCCAAAAAAGAGGAUCGGGAUGUUAAAGCGAUCAGAGAUGGUAAAGAAUUUCUUCUGUCAGUAUAUAAUAUAUUGGUUGGUGAUAUCCUCAAAUUAGAACCAGGUGAUAUUGUUCCAACGGAUGGAGUGCUUAUUGACUCAUACAAUCUUAAAUGUGACGAAUCUGCAGCCACGGGCGAAAGUGAUGCAGUGAGAAAGAUGAACUGCGAAGAUUGUCUUAAAGCAUUAGAAAAAAAUGUUGAACACGAUCCAUCUACUCUUUCGAAACUUGAUCCCUUUGUAAUUAGUGGAAGUAAAGUCUUAGAAGGUGUAGGAAAUACACCUCUUCAGAAAAAACUAAGCAAACUCGCUGAUGACAUCGCAAAAUUAGGUGGAGGUGCAACUCUUCUCAUGUUAAUCGUCCUAUUAAUCAAAUAUUUUAUCAGCUUUAAUUUUGGUAUUCCAAAUACGACAUCCAUCAUUCAGAGUUUGAUCAGAAUUUUAACUUCAACCGUGGCUUUAAUAGUAGUGGCAAUUCCUGAAGGAUUACCAUUGGCUGUAACACUAGCACUUGCUUUUGCAACAACUCGUAUGUUAAAAGAUAAUAAUCUUGUACGAGUUUUAUCAGCUUGUGAGACCAUGGGAGGAGCAACAACUGUAUGUUCAGACAAGACUGGCACAUUAACUCAAAAUAAUAUGUCCGUAGUUACUGGAACAAUAGGGUUGACUUUAAAUUUUUUAAAGGACCUAGCUCGUGCGAAUGAUUUUAGUAUUCCUAACCUAAAUAGGCCUAUCUCAUUACAAGAACUUAAGGAAACUCUUUCACCUGUUAUUAUGAAUUUGUUGGAAGAGUCGUUUGUAAUUAAUUCUACUGCAUUUGAGAAUGUAUCUGAAAAUGGUCAAAUUACUUUUACUGGUUCAAAAACUGAAACUGCAUUACUAAGUUUUCUGGUUGAUAUGGACCGUAAAAAUUUUAUGGAUUUAAGGAAAAUCAAACCAAUACAAGUAUUUCCAUUUAGUUCAGAACGUAAAGCUAUGGGAGUUGUUAUUGAAAAAGAAAAGUCAAAAUGGAGGUUCUAUGUUAAAGGUGCUAGCGAACUAUUACUUGAAAAAGCGAAAUUCAUUGUAAAUCUUGAUCUAUCAGAUGAUGAAGUAUCGGUAUAUUCUAAUUUAACAGAGGAAAAUAUUACCGCAUUACGACAAAUCAUAGAAAAUUAUGCACAUCAAAGUUUGAGAACUAUUUGUAUGGGGUAUCGUGAUUUCAAUGAAUGGCCCCCCAGUGGAAUGAAUGUUGUAGAUAGAGAAAUUACAUUUGACGACUUAGUUAAAAAUGUUAUAUUACUAGGAAUUGUCGGUAUCGAGGAUCCAUUGAGAGAUGGAGUACGUGAAGCCGUGCAAGAUUGUAAUAGAGCAGGUGUAAAAGUUCGUAUGGUCACUGGUGACAACAUCAUGACAGCUAAAUCAAUCGCUACGCAAUGCGGGAUUUAUACUGAUGGUAUUGUGAUUGAAGGUCAUGAGUUUCGUAAUUUAUUACCGGAUGAAAUGAAUACUGUGGUACCUAAUUUGCAAGUUUUGGCGAGAUCUAGUCCACAAGAUAAAAAAAUUUUGGUAGAAAAACUUCGAGAAUUAGGAGAAGUUGUCGCGGUAACAGGUGAUGGUACAAAUGAUGGACCUGCAUUGAAAGCAGCAGAUGUAGGAUUUUCUAUGGGUAUAGCGGGUACAGAAGUUGCAAAGGAAGCGUCCUCGAUUGUAUUGAUGGAUGAUAAUUUUUCAAGUAUUGUGAAAGCAAUUAUGUGGGGACGUAGUGUAAAUGAUUCAGUUAAAAAGUUCUUACAAUUUCAACUUACAGUGAAUUUGACGGCUGUACUAUUAACAUUUAUAUCGGCAGUUUCUAGUGAUCAACAAGAAGCGAUAUUAUCGGCGGUACAAUUAUUAUGGAUUAAUCUAAUAAUGAAUACACUCGCUGCUUUAGCAUUGGCCACUGAUCCACCGACACCGGAUUUAUUAAAACGUAAACCCGAAGCUAGAUCAGCAUCAUUGAUUUCUUUAGAUAUGUGGAAAAUGAUACUUGGACAAUGCGAACAUCAAGAACGUACCUCCAAUGAUAUUUCAUCGGCUUAUUUUAAUCAAGAAGGAAAAGAAGCCAAAAAGGUUAAAAAAGAAGUAAAAGAGCAUGUGGACGCAGACGAUCGCAUAGAAAUUGUAUUAGAUUA